AUGACCUUGAGUAGCAACGAAAAACGCGCCAAGCGAAGGCAAGAAUACCGAGAAGCUCUAGCCGCUCAUAUCCGCGAACGAUUAGGAAUCUCGGUUGCUCCAGGCCGGGUACGUUUGCAGCCCGGUGCUGAUGAUGGCUACGCAUGGUCAGUGGCAAAAGACAGCGAACACCUAUUGAAGACAAGCCUAAGCAAUGGAUCAAUUGGUGUUUACGAUAGUAUUCUAAGAGGAUUGGGCCAUUUGAUCGAGGCCGUAACUCCUAGGACCUUGGAGCCCAAUAGGCAGAAGGAAGUCUCCAAUUCAGAAGAAGAGAUCUCGGAUAUGGCAAAUGGUUCUUUUACCGCAACUAUUCAAAGACUAGAACGAGAGAACCAAAAGCUUAUUGAAAAACUGAAACGCGCUUCUUGCUAUUCAGAAGAGCUCCUGAGCAAAGACCAAGAUUGA